CAAACAACUGAUAACUGAUAGCUAAUUAGGAUGAUUGAUUUGACUUUUGUUUUUAUCAGUUAAUUUGACUAGAAACACGCUGGAGGGAGCAUUUUGUCGUAAAUUAGUUAAUUCAUAACAAUAAACUCUUUCAACCAAAUAAUUUACUAAAUACUAACAUUAGUUGAUUUGACCACCUUUUUUAUCUAUUUGUACUAAAUUAAGUUAAAUUAUAUCAAAAACCUACAAUUAUUGUCAAAUGUGCAUUUAUUGUAGUAUAAAUUCAUGCAUCAUAGUGAUAACUAAUAAGUGGGCAAAGAAAAUGGAUCCAAACACAAUUUCAAAUGAAAAUUCAAAAGAAUUACUAGAUGCACUAACACAUAUUUGGAACCAUACCUUUUCUUUCCUAAAUUCCAUGGCCUUAAAAUGUGCAAUUCAACUUGAAAUUCCUGAUGCAAUUCAAAAACAUGGCAAACCCAUUACACUAAAAGAGCUAGCUAAUUCACUUUCAAUCCAUCCAAACAAAACCCAUUCAUUAUAUCAAUUAAUGCGCCUUCUCGUUCAUUCGAACUUUUUCAUCAUAAAAAAAUCAACCCCUAAUCAAGAAGAAACAUAUGAUCUAACCCUAAAUUCCCAACUUCUACUAAAAAAUCACCCAUUUAAUCAAUCCCCAUUUGCAAUUCUAGAAAUGGAUCCAAUCAUAACUGAAUCAGCCCAUCAUCUUGAUGAAUGGUUUAAGAAUGAGAAUGAUGAAGAUGAGUCUCCUUUUCAUAUGAUUCAAGGAAAGAAAAUAUAUGAACAUAUUUCAAGUGAGUUGAAAUUUAAUGAUUUGUUUAAUGAAGCUAUGUCGUGUGAUUCUAGAAUAAUCUCGAAGGUUCUAGUGAACAGUAGUGAGUUUAAAGGCUUAGUUGAAGGUGUUGAAUCGUUGGUGGAUGUUGGUGGUGGAGAUGGGACAAUGGGUAAGGCUAUUGCUGAGGCUUAUCCUGAGAUGCAAUGUAUUGUGUUUGAUUUACCACAUGUUGUUAAUGGAUUACAAGGUAAUGGUAGGAACUUAACUUAUGUUGGUGGUCGUAUGUUUGACGCUAUUCCUCAUGCUCAAGUCAUAUUAAUCAAGUGGGCAUUCCACAAUUGGAGUGAUGAAAAUGUGAUAAAGGCACUUAAAAGAUGUAAAGAAGCAUUACCAAACAAAGGAGGCAAAUUAAUAAUAAUAGAAAUGGUAAUGGGAAUCCCAAGUGACAAUGUAAAUUACUCAAAUGCCCAACUUCUUAUAGAUAUGCAAAUGCUGUCUGCUUCAAGGGGAAAAGAAAGAACUGAACAACAAUGGAAAUCUUUGUUUCUUGAUGCUGGUUUUCGUGACUAUAAUAUCUUACCUAUUCUUGGCCCGAGGUCUAUUAUUCAGGUUUUUCCUGCUUAAUAUAAUAAUAACCCAUCUUCUGAAAAAUGCUAUUGUAUUAUACGGCUGUUCUAGGACGAGACGGUUUUAUAAUGACACUGUCAAUUUGGGACGAUUCAAUUCGCGCGUGUAUCAAUUUGGGCAUAUUUUUCAUUUUUUAGACAUUUUUCAAUUUUGAUCUUAAAGGUAUCAAUUUUGACUUAAAAUGUAUCACUUUUCAAAAUUAAUAUCUUUAAGGUUAAAAUUGAUAAAUGCCCAGAAAAUUAAAAUGUUAUUACACGCGCAAAUUGGCCAGCCCAAAUUGACGGUCUCAUAAUGAAACCGCCUCGUCCAAUUGUUUGUGAUUAUUAUAUUAUCUUAUUAUAUCAUAUUAUUGUUGUAUUUUAUUAAUGUCUCUAAAUUAUUGUUGUGUUAAUAUCUCAUCGGACUAUUGGUGUAUUAAUAUCUAAAAUAUUAAGUAUUGUAUUAAUUCUGUAUGAACAUUAUCCACGUUGAGUAAUUCUAUAUCCACAAUCAUAAAAUG